AUGCGCUUCUCCGCCGUCGUUGCUGCUGCCGCCCUCGCCGCCGGCGCCCAGGCUGCCGGAAACUCGACCGGCGAUGUCUACGUCACCGAGGUCGUUAGCGAGUACACCACCUACUGCCCUUACGCCACCUCCUUCACCCAGGCCGGCAAGACCUACACUGUCUCUUCGGCAACCACGUUGACCAUCACCGACUGCGACGGUGGCUGCACCAUCACCAAGCACGUGGCCGGCACUCCUUACGCAGCCACGCCUUUCCCGACGACUCCUUCGUCCAACAAGAUGCCCGUCAUCUCGUCGAGCUCGGCUGCGCCCUACCCCACCGGCGGCAACAGUACCAACGGCACCAUCAGCAUCAGCAAGCCGGCCCUCUCGACCACCCUGGAGGCGUCGGCCUCUGGCACCAAGGCGGCCAGCGCCUCGGCGUCCAGCACCGGUGCUGCCAACCACGUCGCUGCCUCGGGCGCCGGUCUGGCCGCCCUUCUCGGCUUCGCUGCUUACGUCUUGUAA